CCUUGUUUAAGGUAUUUGUAAUUAUCUUAAACCUGUCAUUUGAGUUUGAGUUUUUUUUUUUUUGUCACAAAUAGUUGACAAGCGACAAAAAACUACUCAUGCCUUGUAAUGAAAUGCUUGACUGGUAUGGGAGGAGAUUGUAUAGCCACAUCCGUAUAAGUUUAACAAUAUCUUUGCUUGCAGCUUAUCUACGUAGGAGACCCUGCAAGAAUUCAUUGCUCAAGAAAAUGGAAAAAGGAAUCUGUUAUUCAUCUGUGUUACCUGUUGGGUUUUUCCGGCACUGUUUUGUUUGGUGGUCAUCGUCACUUCAUCUUCUAGCUCUGAUACACCUGUUUGUUCUCGUGGAUUCAUCAGCUACAAGUGGGCCUGUGAUAAACGUGACCAAGAACAUCUCCUUCGCACAUUUCAGCCUUGAUGAUCCUAGAGUUACAUCAGAUGUGAAACUUCUUGGGAGUGCGAAGCUUUCAAUGGAAAAAGGUGUUAUCCAAAUUCCAGAUGAAUCAGUGGCCUUUGAUCUGAGACAUCAAGCAGGGAGAGCCAUUUACUCCUCGCCAGUCCGCCUGCUUGAUCCACACACACAAACCCCAGCAUCUUUUCAAACCACCUUUGCUUUUCAAUUCAGCAAUUCAUCUAAUUCAAGCGCCGGUGGGGUUCAUCAUGGAGGCAGUGGUCUCACAUUUAUCAUAGUCCCUGAUGAGUUCACCGUGGGACGACCUGGACCAUGGCUUGGUAUGCUCAAUGAUGCUUGUCAGGAAGAUUACAAAGCCGUAGGUAUUGAAUUCGAUACACACCAGAAUCCGGAGUUUAGAGAUCCGAAUGACAAUCAUGUUGGCGUUAAUCUUGCUAGCAUUGUUUCCACCAAGACCAUUGAUGCAUCAGAUUUUGGGGUGUUUCUUAACGAUGGUUCAGUUCACCGGGCUUGGAUUACAUAUGAUGGUGCUCGUAGAUGGAUGGACAUCCACCUCGGAUCAGAUGGCCAUGAUUACCCUUCUAAGCCUAUCUUCUCUGGUUCUCUGGAUCUAUCUCCCCAUCUCAAUGAGUACAUGUUCAUUGGAUUCUCAGCAUCCACAGGGAACAAGACGCAAAUUCAUAACGUACUCUCCUGGAACUUCAGCUCAACCAGCCAAGCUUUUCUUCUUUUCCCUUCGGAGGAAACCUGUGAGAGUAAAAUCACCUUCCAGAAAUCUGAGGCUAGUGCUCAAACUACCCAAAAGAGAUCUACUAAAGAACCGUCCAGCAGUUUCUUUAUUUUCAUUGCCGUAGCUGUACUAGCUUUGGCCACCAUGAUUGGUUUCUUUUUCUGUAUCCGCAGGGGAAGAACCGGCAACUCUAAACUUACAGGUUUACCAGAGAAAACCCAGAGACCAAGGCCUCCGAACAAGCCCCGUCGCUUCACGCUUUCUGAGAUUUCAUCAGCAACUAGGGGUCUUAGCGAGGCAGAAAUUCUAGGUGGCGAUGCCAGGGGUGUUUAUUACAGAGGGAAGCUUUCCAAUGGCUGUCAAGUGGCCAUCAAAAGGCUGUCAGCCGAGUUUCUUAACUCACAGCAAGGCUUGGAUAGACGACGGCUUCACAAAGAAAUUGGUGCCAUGAGCCGAGUUCGACACCCGAAUUUGGUUCCCAUCAGGGGAUGGUGUCAUGAUAACAACGAAAUGAUGAUCGUGUACGACUUCUACCCCAAUGGAAGCCUCGACAAAUGGCUAUUCGGAGGUGGGGUUCUUCCCUGGACACGACGCUUCAAAGUCAUCAACGACGUUGCAGAAGCACUGAGCUUCCUUCAUUCUAAGCAACUGGCUCACAAGAACAUGAAAACGAGCAGCGUUUUCCUUGACGUAAGCUUCCGGGCAGUUCUAGGCGAUUUCGGGAUGGUGCUUUCGGCAACAGAUUCAAGAAGGUUCGAGUCAGCAAUCAGUCAGACAGCUGAUGUAUUCGAAUUCGGAAUCUUCGUGUUGGAAGUGGUUUCGGGACGGGGAAGGUUAGAGGCAGAAGCAAAGCAAGAAGAAAGGGACUUGGUGGAUUUUGCUUGGAGAAUGCAUGUGAAGGAUGAGAAGGUGAAGGUGGUGGAUGGGAGGAUGGGGUCACUGGUUAACUUGGAGCAAGCCAUUCGGGUUCUGGACAUUGGAUUACUUUGUACAUUAAAUGAGUCGAAAGGUCGGCCUAGCAUGGAAGAGGUGAUGGAGUAUCUGAGCAACGAGACACAAAUACCAGAGCUCCCAGCUUGUCGACCCGUCUCAUUGUUCCCUUACAACAGUGCCACCGGUCUCUGCACUGGAUAUUCUUGCGGCCCAUUCAAGUGAAUCCAGCUGCUUCUCAACUUUUAUGAUAAAAUCAUUAUUGCUAAGCAUUGUUCAAGUUAUGUUUAUUAUAUGUACAAAAAUGGCUAGCGACUCAACUCAGUAACCUUCAUUCCACAAAAGCUGUCUCCUGGAAAUUUUGCAAUUAAUCAAAAUAAUUUUAG